UUACAUUCAGGCUGCUGUGGAAGAUUUAUUGUGGGUCUCUGAGCGACCCAUGAUCCUCACGCCUGCCUGGCAGUGGGAGACUCGAUCUGUGGAGGUAAUAAACCCGCAGUUCCCCAAGAAGCUCAGUGUGAUUAGUCUGCUGGUUUGAGAGAGAACACAGGGAGAGAUCUUGCAGUCACGUGACCGGAAAGUAAGCAGCCGCCAUCUUGUCGGUAAAAAACACCGCUGAAUACUGCUGCACUCGUGUACAGAAUGGAUCACUUUCAACCGACGGACUACACGGCUCAUUUUUCUAAUGAACAGAUAACUAGAUAUAUGUCUAAAAUAAACGACCUACAGAUUAGUGACCCUUAUGGCUUACCGGACGGAGUUUUCACGACCGUGUCAGUGGAUAUUGAACUGCCAGAGGUGGAAUACCCAGACGUGUAUAAUUACCUCAUUAACUUUCCCUCGCUGUUCAGUGGUGAAGCACUGCGUGCUUAUAAAUCUCUGCACAGUUAUCUUUAAAAAAAAAAAAAUUCAGGAUUUGUCAGCGACUCAGAUGUGGCAUCUUGUAAACAAGAAAAAAACAAUCCUCAUUGGACGGAUUCUCCUGGAGCGGCUCUGAGGAUGUGCAGCCUGGGAACCUGGGCAGGUGACAGCAUGGGGCAAGUGUGUAUCCUCAACCUGCAACUGUGAAUCCAGAGCACUUUACUGGAACUUAAAGAGCACUCCUGGACCUUCACAGCAUUGUUUCUGAAAGAAGCUCCACCAUGAAAGAGGAUUAAAGUUACACUACCAUUCAAAAGUUUGGGGUCCCUUUGAAAUGUCCUUAUUUUUGAAAGAAAAGCACUGUUCUUUUCAAUGAAGGUCACUUUAAACUAAUCAGAAAUCCACUCUAUACAUUGCUAAUGUGGUAAAUGACUAUUCUAGCUGCAGAUGUCUGGUUUUUGGUGCAAUAUCUCCAUAGGUGUAUAGAGGCCCAUUUCCAGCAACUAUCACUCCAGUGUUCUAAUGGUACAAUGUGUUUGCUCAUUGCCUCAGAAGGCUAAUGGAUGAUUAGAAAACCCUUGUACAAUCAUGUUAGCACAGCUGAAAACAGUUGAGCUCUUUAGAGAAGCUAUAAAACUGACCUUCCUUUGAGCAGAUUGAGUUUCUGGAGCAUCACAUUUGUGGGGUCGAUUAAAUGCUCAAAAUGGCCAGAAAAAUGUCUUGACUAUAUUUUCUAUUCAUUUUACAACUUAUGGUGGGAAAUAAAAGUGUGACUUUUCAUGGAAAACACAAAAUUGUCUGGGUGACCCCAAACUUUUGAACGGUAGUGUAUUUCAUUUAUUCAAUAAAUCUUAUGAGGCCGCCGUGGAAUUUUAUUACAAGUUGUAAGCUGCUGAAGCCUCUGCUCUCACAGCUCAUUACACGAUUAACACACACAAGUUCCAGAAUCACAGUGACGAGCCGCAGCCUUGAACCCGCAGCCUUCACGGGAGCGCGCACUCCGUCCUCUCACAGCGCGCGCGCGCUCGGGCCCCUGCGGUGCGGUGGAACCGGUUUAUGUAAAUGAUGCUGAUGGAGCCAUUUUAAUGCGCGACUCUGAGCGGAGCUGCAGAGAGAGAGAGAGAGAGAGAGAGAGGUUGCACCGGUUUAACGCGCAGAGGGGAGAGAGAGAGAGAGAGAGAAGCAUGGACGCGUCUCCACAAAGCCGCAGAAGUUGUUUGCAGUGAAUCAGAAGUUGGAGUGAAGCUGCAGCAGGAUCUUUCCGAGAUGCAGUGGGUUCUGUUGUUUUGUGUGCUCGCGCGCUUAAACGUCCCGGUGCGCGGUUUCGUGGUGAACCUCCGCGCGGACGCGAAACCGGGCAGCACCAUCGCACGCGCCGAGUACCGAGGCUCCACGUGCGCUCUGCAUCAGGUCAUCGCUCCGAGGUUCACGCGGGGUUUCCUCAGAACCGCCCCCCCCGCGGGCACGGUGUCCGUUUCUGGGUCUCUGCCCCGCUGCCGCGCUUUACCCUUAAACCCGUUUCCGGUGUACACGGUGACCGACUGCGCGAGCGACGCCCUGGGCUUCAGGCACCUUUUAAUCAAUCAGUACCACGUGCGCGUCCACGGGAAGGACUGCCAGAGCAAACCUGAACGCAGGGGAUCAUGGGACAUGGAGGUCAUCACUCUGCUGAACCUGCACGACCAGGAGACCCAGUGUCACGAGCCCGGACGUGCACUCUUUCACCUUCAGGAAGUGCUCCCUUUUCACACGGGUUCAGACUGUCACGUAAGCAGGACUGAUUUUUUUGUUUCUGAGGGGGAACUGUUCGUAUCCGAGCCGCUCUGCUUGAAGCACAACUCGCUCCUGGAGUUUGACCUGCGUUGCCAGGGACAGGCGCCGAACAGGGCGGUUUCUGCUCAUUGGCACAUCGGUCAGGGUUCCUUCAAGCAAACUUACCUGGAACGGUUACUGUCCAAAGUGGCGGCACGGAGCAAUUCUGGUUUUCUUAGCAGGAAAAAGAGGAAUGCAAAGACGAACACUAACCCGCAGUUUCAGCCUCCCAUGUACCAAGUGUCAGUCCCGGAAAACAAACUCGCAGGAACAUCCGUGGUCACCCUGAGAGCGACAGAUCCGGACGAAGGAGAAGCGGGACGUCUGGAAUAUUCCAUCGAAGCCCUUUUUGACAGCCGUUCCAACAACCUCUUCACCGUGGACCCUGCAAGCGGAUUAGUGUCCACCGUGGAGGAGCUGGACCGAGAGACCAAGGACACCCAUGUCUUCAGGGUUACGGCUGUGGAUCGUGGGUCACCCCGACGCACGGCCAUGGCGACACUGACUGUAACCGUGAGUGACACAAACGACCACAACCCCAUGUUCGAGCAGCAGGACUACAACGAGAGCAUGCGGGAAAACCUGGAGAUCGGCUACGAGGUGCUCACGGUGCGAGCCACAGAUGGAGACGCCCCUGUGAAUGGCAAUAUUUUAUACAAAAUCCUGAACAGCAAUGGAUCCAAUGACGUUUUCGAGAUUGAUUCACGUUCCGGAGUGAUUCGAAUCCGUGGGCCUGUAGAUCGUGAAACGGUCGAGUCUUAUUUGCUUCUCGUUGAAGCUAAUGAUCAAGGUCGUGACCCUGGACCUCGUAGUGCAACAGCGACUGUGCAUAUAGUGGUGGAGGACGACAACGAUAACGCUCCACAGUUUAGUGAGAAACGCUAUAUUGUGCAAGUACCUGAAGAUCUCACACCAAAUACAGAGAUCUUGCAAGUGAAUGCCACUGAUCAGGACCGCGGUAGCAACGCUGUGGUUCACUUUAGCAUCAUGAGCGGGAACACUAGAGGACAGUUUUAUAUUGAUGCGCAAACCGGGAAGUUGGACCUUGUUAGCCAGCUGGACUAUGAGACAAAUAAAGAAUACACCCUACGAAUCAGGGCUCAGGAUGGUGGACGUCCACCUUUGUCCAACAUCUCCGGCCUGGUGACAGUGCAGGUCUUGGAUGUAAAUGACAAUGCUCCAAUUUUUGUUAGCACGCCUUUCCAGGCCACAGUUCUUGAAAACGUCCCCCUGGGAUACUCGGUUAUACACAUCCAGGCCGUGGACGCCGACUCUGGAGAGAAUUCUCGAUUGGAAUACCGGCUCACGGAGACGACACCAAACUUCCCAUUUGCAAUAAAUAACAGUACUGGGUGGAUUGUGGUAGUGACAGAGCUAGACCGAGAGAGUGUGGACUUCUACAGCUUUGGUGUGGAGGCUUGGGAUCACGGGGCACUCGUAAUGUCAUCCUCCGCUAGCAUUAGCAUGACCGUCUUGGACGUUAAUGACAACAAUCCGGAGUUCACUCAGAAAGCCUACUACAUGCGUCUAAAUGAGGAUGCCACCGUUGGAACGAGUGUGGUGACCGUUUCCGCAGUGGAUCGGGACAUCAACAGCGUGGUGACCUAUCAGCUCUCUAGCGGAAACACAAGAAACCGAUUCUCCAUCACCAGCCAGAGUGGAGGAGGUCUCAUCACACUCGCACUUCCUCUUGAUUAUAAACUGGAGAGGCAGUACGUUCUGAGUGUAACUGCUUCCGACGGCACACGAUUUGACAUGGCUAAGGUUUACAUCAAUGUCACGGAUGCUAACACGCACCGUCCUGUUUUCCAAAGCUCGCAUUACACCAUCAACAUCAACGAGGACCGUCCUGUGGGUACAACCGUUGUGGUGAUCAGUGCCACGGACGAGGACACGGGCGAGAACGCGCGCAUCACGUACGAUAUGGAGGACAGCAUCCCAGAGUUCAGCAUUGACACGGAUUCAGGCGCUGUGACAACGCAGAUGGAGCUGGACUACGAAGAUCAGGUGUCGUACACGCUGGCCAUCAUGGCUCGAGACAACGGAAUACCGCAGAAAUCCGAUACCACCUACCUGGAGAUCCUGGUAAAUGAUGUGAAUGAUAACGCACCCAGAUUCCUGAGAGAUCGUUACCUGGGCUCCGUAAUGGAGGAUGUACCUGUGUAUACAAGUGUAGUCCAGGUGUCCGCUACCGAUCAGGACUCAGGAUUAAAUGGCCGGGUUUUUUACACCUUCCAGGGGGGUGAUGAUGGUGAUGGUGACUUUAUCAUCGAGUCUACGUCUGGAAUCGUUCGCACGUUGAGGCGACUGGACCGCGAGAACACUGCCGUCUAUAACUUGCAGGCUUUCGCUGUGGAUAAAGGACUUCCUGCCCUGAAAACCUCAGUGGACAUUCAAGUGACAAUCUUGGACGUAAACGACAACCCGCCUGUGUUCGAGAAGGAUGAGUUUGAUAUCUUCGUCGAGGAAAACAGCCCCAUCGGCCUUGUCGUGGCCCACAUUUCAGCCACAGACCCUGACGAGGGAAGCAAUGCCCAGAUCAUGUACCAGAUCGUUGAGGGGAACAUCCCAGAAGUGUUCCAGCUCGACAUUUUCAGUGGUGAGCUCAUGGCUCUGACGGAUCUGGACUACGAGGCUCGGUCCGAGUACGUCAUCGUGGUCCAGGCCACUUCCGCUCCUCUGGUCAGCCGAGCCACUGUGCACAUCAGACUCGUCGACAGGAAUGACAACGCACCCGUCCUGAAAAACUUCCAGAUUAUUUUCAACAACUAUGUGACAGAAAAGUCCAGCAGCUUCCCGACAGGGGUGAUUGGAAAAAUACCAGCCCAUGAUCCAGAUGUAUCAGAUCAACUGAGCUACAGAUUCGAGGCAGGAAAUGAGCUGCACUUGCUGAUUCUGAACCAGACCACCGGAGAGAUACGGCUCAGCCAAGAUCUGGACAACAACCGACCACUUGAGGCCUCGAUGAGGAUCGCUGUUUCAGAUGGUGUUCACUCAGUCUCGGCUCAGUGUUUGCUGCAGGUCACUAUUAUCACGGAUGAAAUGCUCUCCAACAGCAUCACACUCCGAUUGGCAAACACCUCCCAGGAACGCUUCCUCUCCGUCCUAUUGUCCGAGUUUUUGGAGGGCGUGGCUCACGUACUCUCCACCAACCGUGACGACGUCAUCAUCUUCAAUGUCCAAGAUGACACGGAUGUCAGCGCCGCCAUUUUAAAUGUCAGUCUGUCUGUCUUCCGAAUGGGCAAUGGGGUUAGGGGUAGAGCCUCACGCCUGGUGCCUGUGGGGGCGGAGUUUAUCGGCUCAGAGGAGCUCCAGGAGCGUCUUUACCUGAACCGGAGCCUGCUCGCGCACAUUUCCUCUCAGCAGGUCCUGCCGUUUGACGACAACAUCUGUCUGCGUGAACCAUGUGAGAACUACAUGAAGUGUGUGUCAGUGCUGAAGUUCGACAGCCUCGCACCGUUCAUCAGCUCCAACACCAUCCUGUUCCGCCCCAUUCAGCCAAUCACAGGCCUCCGCUGCCGCUGCCCACCCGGCUUCACUGGCGAGUUCUGCGAGACCGAGAUCGACCUCUGCUACUCCAACCCGUGCGGGAACCACGGCGUGUGUCGCUCGCAUGAGGGAGGGUUCACCUGCGAGUGUCUCGAUGACUACACAGGUGAGUGGUGUGUGGUGUCAUCACGCUCAGGCCGCUGUGUGCCGGGUGUGUGUAAGAAUGGGGGUGUGUGUGUGAACCUGUUGGUGGGGGGGUUCAGGUGCGAGUGUCCACCAGGAGCCUACGAGAAACCGUACUGUCACAUGAGCACACGCAGCUUCCCCCCAAACACCUUCAUCACCUUCAAGGGGCUGCGUCAGAGAUUCCACUUCACGCUCACGCUCAGCUUUGCCACCAGAGAGCUGAAUGGGUUGUUGCUCUACAACGGCCGCUUCAAUGAGAAACACGACUUCAUCACCAUGGAGAUUGUUAACAAGCAGAUCCAGCUCACCUUCUCAGCAGGUGAAACUAAGACAACAGUAUCACCCUUUAUCCCGGGGGGAGUGAGUGAUGGAGAGUGGCACUCUGUUCACGUGCACUAUUACAACAAGCCGGCUCUGAAUCAGGCCGGUCUCCCACAGGGUCCAUCAGAUCAGAAGGUCGUCGUGGUAACGGUGGAUAACUGUGACAUGUCGGUGGCUCUUCGGUUUGGUCGCACCAUCGGUAACUACUCAUGUGCUGCUCAGGGCAGUCAGUCCGGAUCCAAGAAGUCUCUGGACCUCACAGGGCCGUUGUUGCUGGGCGGAGUCCCUCACCUGCCCGAGGAUUUCCCUGUGCACAGCCGCCAGUUUGUGGGCUGCAUGAAGGACCUGCACAUCGACAGCAGAUACAUCGACAUGAACAGCUUCAUCGCUAACAACGGCACUGUACCAGGAUGCUCAGCAAAGAGGCAGAUGUGUGUGAGUAGCCCGUGUGUGAACGGCGGUGUGUGUGUGAGUCUGUGGGGCUCUCUCAAGUGCGACUGCCUGCUGGGGUUUGGGGGGAGGAGUUGUGAGAAAGUGAUGCCAAACCCUCAGCGUUUCCAUGGUAAUGGCCUGUUGCUGUGGAAUGACCUGGAUGCCAUGGUGACGGUGCCCUGGAGACUGGAGCUGAUGUUCCGCACGCGACAACCAACGUCUACAAUUUUACACAUCACCACCGAGCAACAGCACAAUCUCACUGUGCAGCUGCGAGACAGUAGUGUGUUGAUGUCUCUCUACCGUGGUGAGGACUCGGCUGUGUCUCGUCUCGAGGAGGCAUCUGUUGCUGAUGGGGAGUGGCAUCACCUGCAGCUCAAAGUGCGCACUUCAUCAAGGGAACUUGCGACAGGACCCACAGUGACGCUCUCACUCGACCACGGCCUCUACAUGUCCUCUAUGGAGGUGGACAUUGAGAUUCAGGGAGCAAUGGUGAAGGUACUGAGUGUUGGAGGCGUCGCUGUUGGCAACAACAAAGUACAUCAGGGAUUCCGUGGGUGUGUACAGGGUGUGCGUGUGAGCGAUGCUGUGCUGAGUGUGUUCCAGGCUCACAGGUUAAAUGUGGAAGACGGCUGCUCUGUGUCUGACCCCUGUGCCUCUAGCCCUUGCCCCACCCACAGCUCCUGCACCAAUCACUGGGACUCUUACACCUGCACCUGCCUUCCAGGCUACUUUGGUGACAACUGUACAGAUGUGUGCACCCUGAACCCCUGCGAGCACCAAUCAACUUGUAGAAAGAAGUCAAGCUCCGCCCACGGCUACACAUGUGACUGUCGCAGUAAUUAUUUUGGACGCUACUGUGAGAAAAAGACUGACCUGCCAUGUCCUCGGGGUUGGUGGGGGCACAAGACAUGUGGUCCAUGUAACUGUCCAACUGAUAAGGGGUUUGAUUCCGACUGCAACAAGACCAGUGGAGAGUGCCGCUGCAAGGAUAACCACUACCGGCCGCUGGGCAGUGAUGUGUGUUUGCUGUGCGAGUGUUAUCCCAUGGGCUCGUUCUCGCGUGUGUGUGACAGACAGAGUGGGCAGUGUGAGUGUAAGCCGGGCGUCAUCGGCCGACAGUGUGACCGCUGUGACAAUCCGUUUGCUGAGGUCUCAGCCAAUGGCUGUGAAGUGAUCUAUGACAGCUGUCCCCAGGCAACUGAGGGAGGGAUUUGGUGGCCCAGGACGAAGUUUGGUCUCCCAGCCGCGGUGCCGUGUCCUAAGGGCUCCACAGGGACGGCGAUCAGACACUGUGAUGAACACAAAGGCUGGCUGCCUCCCAACCUCUUUAACUGCACCUCCAUCCUCUUCACGAAGCUCAAGCUGCUGUGGGAGCAGGUGAACAGAGACAUGUCCGUGUUGGACUCGGUUAAAGUUCAGCAGGCUGCGUCUCUGCUCUACAACGCCACGGCACACACGCACUCCUACUACGGCAGUGACAUUCAGAUCGCCUACCGCCUCACACACGCACUCCUGCAGCACGAGAGCAACACGCACGGCUUCAACCUGGCCGCGACACAGGACGUCCGCUUCAACCAGCACCUGAUGCAUGUGUGUAGUGCUAUUCUGGCCUCAGACACUCAUCAUCACUGGGAGCAGAUCCAGCAAACUCAGGGAGGAACAGCUGCACUGCUGCAACAGUUUGAGGCGUACACACACACACUCGCGCAGAACAUGAGGAGAACCUACCUGAACCCGUUCACCAUCAUCACACCGAACAUAGUCCUCUCCAUCGAUCGUUUGGAGAAGGAGAAUUUUGCUGGUGCUAAACUCCCUCAAUAUCAGUCUCUGCGUGGACUCCGCCCGGCUGACCUUGACACAGCCAUCAUGCUCCCCAGUUCCAUUUUCAGCCCUACCUCUGAGGGGAAAGGUCACCGACAUCAGGGUGAGCCAAUCACAGAGCUCAGCAGGAAUCACUCGGCCAAUCGGAAGAGGCGUCACCCUGAUGAGCGCGAGCAGCACGCCAUUGCCAGCAUCGUCAUCUUCCACACACUCGCUACACUCCUGCCUGAGAGAUACGACACGGACAAGAGGAGUCUGAGGGUUCCGAAGCGGCCGGUCAUUAACACUCCUGUGAUCAGUGUGAUGGUGUUUGAUAAUGAGCAGUUCAUACAGCACACACUGGAGAAACCCGUCACGCUGCAGUUCCAUCUGCUCACCACUGAGGAGCGCUCUAAACCCAUCUGUGUGUUCUGGAACCACUCCAUUGGUGUGGGUGGUUGGUCCUCUAAAGGAUGUGAGGUAGUUUUCAGGAACAACACACACAUCAGCUGCCAGUGUUACCACAUGACCAGCUUCGCUGUUCUGAUGGACAUCUCGCACAGAGAGAAUGGUGAGAUCUUGCCCAUGAGUUUGGUGACGAUGUGUACAGUGUCAGUAACUCUGGGCUUCAUCUUCCUCACCGUGGUCUUCCUCACCUGUCUGAGAGACGUCACCUCCAACCUCAGCAGCAUCGCGAACAACGGAGCCUCCGCCCUCUUCAUCGCCCAGCUCCUCUUCAUCCUGGGCAUCAACCAGACUGACAAUCCGUUUGUGUGUACUAUCAUGGCCAUCCUGCUGCAGUUCUUCUACAUGUGUGUGUUCUCAUGGCUUUUCCUCGAGAGUCUCCAUGUGUACCGCAUGCUGAACGAAGUGCGAGACAUCAACUACGGCCCCAUGCGCUUCUACUACCUCAUCGGCUGGGGCGUGCCGGCUAUCAUCACUGGUCUGGCCGUGGGUUUGGACCCCGAGGGCUACGGAAACCCAGAUUUCUGCUGGCUCUCUCUCUAUGACACUCUGGUCUGGAGCCUUGCUGGACCGAUCGCUCUUGUGGUGGCUAUGAACGUGUUCCUGUAUAUCCUGGCCUCCAGAACAUCGUGUUCAACCAAAGCACACAGCUGUGAGAAGAAAGAAACUCCAGUGUGCGGAUUGCGUACAGCGUGUGGUGUGUUAUUCUUGGUGACAGUGACGUGUUUACUCGCUCUGCUCUCUGUAAACACUGAUCUGAUUGUGUUUCACUACCUGUUCGCUGCAUUCAACUGUCUACAGGGUCCCUUCAUCUUCUUUUUCAGGAUUGUGUUCUGUAAGGAGGUUCGUGGCGCUGUACAAUACUGCUGCGGAAAAAAACGCCCAGAACACACCAUCAAACCCAAACCAUCAUCGUUCAGCAGUAGUUGUGUCGAUGGCCGUGUGUAUCAUUUGUCCUAUUCUGAGUCCAGUGUUUCUCUAAACGGGACACUGCAGAGCAUCAAGAGCCAACACAGUUACGUCCCCUUCAUACUGAGGGAGGAUGAAGGUUUGAAUAACAGCCUCGACACUCUAAACAUCCCUGAAAACAAAGAUGACUCAGACUCAGAAAGUGACCUGUCAGAGAUGGAGGAUGAUCAGAGCGGAUCGUUCGCCUCCACACACUCAUCAGACAGCGAGGAGGAGGACGAGCAAUACACACCGAAAGAGUGGUGGGAAAACCACACACACACCAGCCAGAGGGAGCAAGAUUGUGAUUCAGGGGGCGGGGCCAAACCAAAGGCGGAGACUCUGACACCUCCAGACGAGAGAUCUGAGAAUUAUGGGAAGGAGAGCACACUGCCCUUACUACUACACAAACCACACACACACCCACACAAAGGAAUUCUGAAGAAGAAGACCCUCUCUCCGAUUGCUGAGAGAAACGGGAUACAUCGCAUCCAUAACCAGCUGUCCGUCAGCCCCUCAGGCUCCGCCUUCUCCAGAGGCCCCGGCACUUCCAUUGGCUCUUCUCCCAACCAGGACCAAGGGGGCGGGGCCGUACAGGUUUGGUCAAAUGAAGUUCCUACGAGUGUGAGGACAGGAGUUCGAGACAGUGACUCGUCCGGAUCAGACCACUCUUGCCAAACCUCCAUGUAACCACGCUGACAUCAGGGGUGUGUCCAUUAUCCAUGAAGCCACGCCCACCAGGCUCAGGAAAACAGAAGGCAAACAAAGCGUUGGACACUCCCAUGAUUCCCAACGCCUAUCUGCGUAACGGACUUCUCUGUGCCAAAACGCCACAGGAGACGAUGCUCAACACCGUGAUGCCAUGUUAGUCUUCAGUUUUACUUCUCUUUCUGCAUUUGUUUACUCGAAGUGACGCGCUUUUUGAAGGAUUCUACUGCACGGCACAAACAAACACAACGAGACUUUAAACAUGAGGACGCGUAAAGACGCGAAGCUGAACAAGAACAUCAGGGAAACUCUGGUGCUUUCUGGACAGAUCAUACAGCUGAGAUCAGAAGGUGUUGAUUAUCCUUCACCCUUCACUCCCUCACAACCGAGCACGCUCGUGUGCCGAUAAUCAGCUCGACGAUACACUGCAAUAUUAACGAUAUCAUUAUGGUGAAUAAAAUACUCCAACUGCUCCUGCUUUCAGUUCAGGAUGAGGGCGUGUCUGUAGGAGGGGUUUUUAGGCACGUAUCCUCCACCAGCUCCUCUCUUGGACAGGCUCCUCAUUCUCAGAGAAGAUCCCAGAAUUCUGUUCUCUGCUUCCCAAAACAGCACAACAGUUUUAAAAUGCAAUAGUGUGAUCAUUUCAUGAGUUUUGAUUAAUUGUUCAGUAAUCAUCACAAUAUAGAUGAUAUUUCGUGUAAACACACAUCAUGGGCAUUACAUUUUUGUCUGAACACACACACACACACACACACACACACACAGAGGACUGAUGCCUGCUCCACCUGCUCCAGUCUUAUUUUAUCCGACUGAUGGAGGAAAAAAAGAUGAAACACACAACCCUUUGAUACACUGAGAUAUUUUUUUGCUAAAUAUCAGGAGACCAUUUUAAAAGGAUUUUUUUUUUUAUUUGAAAAAACCUGAAGGAUUUCACUCAGACUUUUGUAUUUUGUAGUUUAUACAUGAAGGAUGCUAGGUUUUUGUUGUUGUUUUUGUGAACUCUGUCCCCUCGUGUGUGUUAAACUCGGAUGUCUGGAGUAAAAUAAGCUGUGAUGUUGUACAGGUUUGAUAUGAGACUGUAAAUCUUCUGUAACGCUACUAAACUCAGUCACUGCUCAUUCGUGUGUGUGUUAAACGCCAUUCAUACAGUAAUGGACUGAAGGUAUAUUUUGUAAGCAUUGCGCUUUUAUAGACGGAUGUUUUGCUCGGUUCUGACUUAUUUUUGGUUUAUUCUCACUUUUGCAUUUUGUUCCAAAAUGGAAUUGCAUUAUUAAGAUUCAGGUCAUUUCUGUUUUCUAUGUAAUAAAUACAGUUAUGUGUU